AUGACGUCUCAGGGCUCCUCCGUGGACGCCUCGCUGGGGCUUUCCCCCGCGGCGCUGUCUCCACUGCCCCCAGACUGGUACGAGUACCGCGACCCGCGCGGCGUCCCCUACUACCACAACCCGCGCCUGAACGUCACGCAGUGGGAACGGCCGACUGCCGCGCCUCCGACCGCCGCGCCCGCGCCUCCGACCGUGUCUCUGGAGCCCCAGGCGUCUCCCGCUGGGGCGGGGCCGAGCACCGUGGACCUCUCGGCGGGGCGCGCCGCGCCGCGCAGCGUGCACCAGGGCGGCUUCUUGUCUCUCAGCGACACAGGCCUCGAACCCCAGUCGCGUGUAUGUACAGACCCAGGAAAGACACGCGGCGCGCUCCUCGACGGGGCUGUAGGUCUCGCCUCGGGCGCUCGCGGGCCAAGCCUCACGGCGCCUGCCGGAGACGGUGGCCCCCGACAGGCUGGGGUGUGGAGUCUUUGUGGGUGUUGCGAAGGCGCGCGGGCUGCCCUGCAUCGUCUCUUUGACGUCACAACUGACGACAUUCUCACGCGUCUCAAGCUCGCGCUUCUCCCCUGGAAAACGCAGGACGUCUGCACGAACCCAGCGUCAGCUCCGGCCGCUGGCGAGAACGCGGAGCCGGCCGACAAGGACUCCUUCGCGUCUUCGACUUCCACUCUGGCCGCACUCUCCCCCCUAACUGCGCGCCCGUCGCUCGUCUUUUUGAACUCGCCGGACGCGUACGGUCCCUUUUGGUGCGCGACUACGCUCGUCCUCCUGUGCUUCGCGUCCAGCAACUUGCCUUUGCUCCUCUGGCCGUCGCGCUUUGCUGCGGCGGGUCUCGCGGCGGAUGUUCGGCACUUGACGCAGGCUGCCGGGUCGGUCUAUGCCGCGCUCUUCGCGCCGCCACUCCUCGUGUGGCUGGGCCUUCUGUGGGAGAGGCACAGACGCGGGAGCGGCGGAGGUUCGGAGACGCACGCUGGCGCGUCUCCUUUCGCAGAUCCGCGCUUCGAUCAGCUUUUCUGCCUCCAAGGCUACGCCCUCGUGCCUCUCUGCGCAGGAUCCGCCUGUCUGCUCCUUCUCGGGCUGCUGCCCCAGCACGGCUCAGUCGUCGCGCUGCGGUGGACCUCAGCGGGCGCUGCGGGUGCUUCCGCCUCGCGGUUUCUGUACGUACACCUGAAGCCGCUCUUGGCGGCCGAGCGGCGGCGCGCGCGAGUCGCAGCGGUCGCGGGACUGCUCGCCUCCGUGAUUCUGCUGCUCUUUGUGCUGCUGAGUUUCGCAGGCUCCUCAGAGCCGCCCACAGGCUCGCGCGAGGUCGAGGCGGCAGGAGACAGAUCCUGGAACGGAGACGGAGACGCCGGAGGCACGGCCCCUGCGGCGAGCACUGCGGACGAAGAAGCAAGAGACGCAGAACGAGAAGAAAAAGAAGGAAGAGAAGAAAAAGAAGGAAGAGAAGAAAAAGAAGGAAGAGAAGGAAGAGAAGAAAGAGAAGAAAAAGAAGGAAGAGAAGAAAAAGAAGGAAGAGAAGGAAGAGAGGGGGAGACGGAGCAGGGCGAAGGGGAAGAAGAGAACGGGGAGGAGGGUGCGCGGGGCGAGAGACGAGGCCGAAGCGCAGGACGGAAGAGACAGAGCGAGGCGCGAGACGCGAGAGAGACCGACGCGCAACUCCCAGGAGAGGCGGAAGAGACAGAGACACUCGGAAAGCAGGGACGAACAGGGGAGAUGGAAGUCGAGACGGAAGAGAAAGAAGAAGAGAGUGUGCACAGGGAGAAACGUGUGCGCGGAGAAGGAAGGGAGAGAGGACACACCGGAAAGGAGGCUAAAAGCGAAGAGAGCGUUCAAGUCGAGGAAGGGUCGGAGGCGAAACGGCCAGAAGCGCAGAGGGAAAAUACAGACAGUGAGGGGAAGGAAGACCCCGAAUGA